UAUAAGACGCUGCAGGUCAGGAUAACGAUCGCAGUUGCAACCCGAAGAUUAUCACUAAAGACUUCCAAAGUCUACUGAAUUCGUCUUGCGAAAAUACACAGCACAUCCACUCUCCAAUAUGAACCGUCUGUCGAUCGUAUUGGUUAUCGCAUUGGUCGGUUACUCAAUGUGUGCACCGGGAUACGGUGGUGGGUAUCAUGAAUAUAGUGGACACGAAGAACAUGAGGAACAUGGUGGACACAAAGAAGAUUACGGUGGACACAAAGAAGAUCACGAUGGACACAAAGAAGAACACGGUGGACACGAAUAUGGCGAACACGACUUUGGUGGACACAAAGGAGACCACGAUGGACACAAGGAAGAACACGGUGGACACGAAUAUGGUGAACACGACUUUGGUGGACACAAAGAAAAUCAUGAUGGACACAAAGAAGAACAUGGAGGACACAAAGAAGAAUAUUAUGGUGGACAUAAAGAAGAAUACAGUGGGCACAAAGAAGAAUACAGUGGGCACAAAGAACAUGGACACGGCUCAGAUCAUCAUGGUCCAGAACAUUACGGUCCAGAACAACACGGUCCAGAACAUCAUGGUUCAGAACAUCACAGUUCAGAACAUCAUGGUUCAGUACAUCACGGUUCGGAACAUCAUGGUCUAGAUUUUGAGCAUGGUUCAGAUCAUCACGGACACGGUGGGCAUGGUUCAGAUCACCAUGGACAAGGUGGGCAUGGUUCAUACCAUGGCGUUGGUUACUACUAAGACUUCAAUUGUAUCGUCAAUGCCAUCCAAAUCCAAGACCAUUUUUUGGGAUGCACAACUUA